UUGAAAACUCAUGCUCACUUAUACCGUGAAGAAGAAUCAGAACUAUCUUUUGUAGCUUCUGUAUAUUUACUAGGUUUCAUUACAAUAAUUGUUACUUUUUCUUCUGAUUAUCUUAUCGAUUCUAUUGAAGGAAUCGCCAAUUUGGGGUUAAGUAAAACUUUUGUUGGGUUAAUUUUGUUACCAAUCGUUGGUAAUGCUGCUGAG